UACAACUGCUGUGUCAGCUGUCAGCGAAGUGUCAAAUUUUAUAAGUUUAUCUUGAAACGCGCGUAAAAUAUUAAAACCGAUGUUAUGAAUUACAAAUCAGACAAAUAUUUUAAGUAUUUUAUAAAAGGAAGAUUAUCUUACAUACAUUUAUGAAUACAGUAUUUUCUCUUUCAUUUUGUACAAUCAGGAAAAUGGCUUCAGCUGCGAAAAAAAUAAAGUUAUCUGCGGGAACUUCUAAUGUUGAAAACAAACGGACCCAAACAUCUGUAGCUGAAUUUAUGAAUGAAAUACAAAAUAGUCGGGAAGCUACAGCAGACUCAAUAACUAAUUUUGUUUUUAACAAGAAGCGCGUGCGUAUAAUAUCACAAGAACAACUUGUGCCUGACUAUUGCGAGGGCAUUGUUUAUUGGAUGUCAAGGGACAGCAGAGUUCAAGACAACUGGGCGUUUUUGUAUGCGCAAAAAUUAGCUCUUAAGAAUGAAGUCCCACUUCAUGUAUGUUUUUGUUUGAUUGCGAAAUAUUUAGAUGCCUCUGUGAGACAAUUUCAUUUCUUAAUUAAAGGCCUAGAAAAAGUUGCCACCGAAUGUAAAAAGUUAAAUAUAUCUUUCCAUCUCCUGGAAGGAAGUGGUGCAGAUGCGCUGCCACAGUGGAUUAUUGACCAUAAGAUUGGGGCAGUUGUGUGUGACUUCAACCCCCUGAGAACACCUAUGAGUUGGCUGGAAGGAGCUAAGAAAAAAUUUAAAAAAGAUGUACCUUUAAUACAGGUGGAUGCACACAAUGUGGUGCCAUGUUGGGUUGCCUCUGAAAAACUUGAGUAUUCUGCAAGAACUAUAAGGAACAAGAUCAAUUCUAAGUUAGAGGAAUAUUUAACUGAGUUUCCACCAGUCAUUAAGCAUCCAUAUACAAGCAAAUUCAAACCAGAGUCAAUAGAUUGGGACAAGGCAAUAGAGACAAGAGAAGCUGACAAAACUGUAGGACCGGUGGAAUGGGCUAGUCCAGGUUAUGACGAAGCUAUGAAGACAUUAAAGAGUUUCCUUGAAAAGAGAUUGAAGAUAUUUGCAACCAAACGAAAUGAUCCCACACAAGAUGCUCUGAGUAAUCUAUCUCCAUGGUAUCAUUUUGGUCAGAUUUCAGUCCAGAGAGUUGCGCUUUGUGUUCAAAAAUACAAAUCACAGUACACUGAAAGUGUGAAUGCUUAUCUCGAAGAAUCGAUUGUCCGUAGAGAACUGGCUGACAAUUUUUGUUUUUACAACGAACAUUAUGACACCAUAAAGGGCGCUAGUAAUUGGGCACAAAAGACUCUAGAUGAUCAUAGAAAAGAUAAACGAACCCACAUAUACACAUUAGAACAGCUGUCUAAAGCAGAAACUCAUGACGAACUGUGGAAUUCAGCACAACUGCAGUUAGUCAAAGAAGGCAAGAUGCAUGGCUUCCUUCGUAUGUACUGGUGCAAGAAGAUUCUAGAAUGGACGCCGAGUCCAGAGGAUGCACUCAAAUAUGCAAUUUACUUGAAUGAUCAUUACAGUAUAGAUGGCAGAGACCCUAAUGGAUUUGUUGGUUGCAUGUGGUCUAUCUGCGGGGUGCACGACCAGGGCUGGGCGGAGCGCGCGGUCUUCGGUAAGAUCCGUUACAUGAACUACAACGGCUGCAAGCGCAAGUUCGACAUCGCCGCGUUCGUCGCGCGCUACGGCGGGAAACAACACAAGUACAAAAAUAAUUAAUUAUAACCAACAAGCUCUGACUGUACCUCUUAAUAGUAAUUUUGUCUACGGCCAUCAGAGAAGAAGGUUGUUUACUGUUGGGACAGUCAAGUGGUCCAAUGUGAAUUUUUUAUUGAUUCUAUAGAGUCAAUCGGCCCAAUUGGAUUAAGUUUGUUGGCAAUAAAUUUAGCACUUAGCCGAUGGAGUCCAGUAUAAAAUUAGCUUAGAUAAGUUUAGGCUGCAGGUGGUCUCAAUUGAGUAGAUUUACAUACUCAAAAUAGUACUCUGUUAGUCGGUUAAAAAUAAUAUUAUAACAUUUGUUAAAUAUUUAAGGGUUAAUGUUGUC